CUACCCACGUGCGUUGAAGUAUGGCAAAGUCCGUUUUCGGUAGAAAAGCUGGGGCUCUGCGUCAAAAGCCGUCAGUCACAGUUAAAACGAUGCUGGAAUCUCCUUUCCAACCUACCUGGCCGCACAUUUCUUCGGAUGUUGAAGAAGAGAUACUUGGAAGGCUAGUCAGUUGUUUUCAAUCACUGCCCCCUUAUCCUUCUAACAAGAAAAAUUCAAAGAAAGUUGAGCAAGAUGUCUCGAUUGUUGUGCCCACAUGGCGACGUGAUAUUGUUGUUGGAAUCAAUGAGGUGACUCGAUCAUUGGAGAGAGAUGAGCUGAUGCUGGUUAUUGUGGAUAAGAGUGUGAGGCCGGUGCUUCUGCUGGAGCAUCUUGUACCUCUGGCUUCUCACCGACGUUGUUAUGCGGUCGCCUUGAACAGACUUGGUGAGAUGAUUGGUCGUCUUCUUGCAGUGAAGAGAGUGUCGGCUCUUGGGUUUAAGAAAUCAGACAAAGUAAAGGGAGAAUUUGAUGACGUCAUGGCAUACAUCAAGUCAACGACCACCCCCGACCUUCCACAAACACCAAAUUCUGAUACACAAACUGCAUUGUCGUUACCACACAAAGACACUACAGAACCUUCGAAUACAAAGCAAACAUCGACUACGACACCACAAGAGCAAUCCUCGUCACAGGAAGAAAUGGAGACUUUAACACACGAUACGCAUGCGCAAUCAGUGCCAUCUCUGCCACAAACGAUUACCUCCGAGUCACGGAAAAGACACUUGGAACAAGGUGUGUCAUCACGUGUAGACAUCCCGUAUGUUAAGGCAAAGAUCAAGCGAGUCGAAUCGGCGAGUGACACAAAACCAAGUAGUUCCCGGAUACUUUCUUUGAACAAAUUGUAGUUUGAUAAAGCACGCUAAAUGGAGUGAGUUCGAACCACAAAAUAUUAAGGACACAAUUCAAGUCGACGUUUGUUAUCAUAGACGGUCCAGAUUCCAAACCAUUGGACUGCUGAACUGGUUGGGUGUGUGACAAGCGAAGAACAGAAACUGGGUGUAGUAGGAAAUUGGGUACGCGGGUAUUAGGUACGACGGAAGAGACCAAUGAAAGGCACAUUGUGCAAUUCGAUGCGGCAGUUUCUGAAACCAGAAUCAUACGUUUGCCUAUGUAUAUGCCUCGUUGAUCUGUCAGUCUAUGUAUCUGUCUGUGUGUUUGUCUGUCUAUGUAUCUGUAUCUGUAUAUGUGUCUGUCUGUCUGUCUAUGUAUCUGUCUGUCUGUCUAUGUAUA